AUGAAUUCUUAAAUCUCGAAAACUUAUAAUAAAAUUUCUGAUGUUUUCUCUCGAACUCAAAUUAAGCAAGCAGUUGAAGGUUUGGACACUUGUAGACAAAGAAUAAAAUUAAUUGAUCAUAUAAUAGAUAGAAGAGAAUAAAUUGCGAAAUCUGAAGAUAUUGCUAAAUUAUAAUAAUAUGCACACAUCUUUAAAAAAAUGCUAAACAAAUAUAAGAAAAAGAAAAGUGAUUAAGAGUAAUAGAAAAAAUAAUAAAAAUUGGAUUUAGUUAUGCAAUUAUUAAGUGGGGAAAAGAAUAAAAAGUAAGAAAUUAAGAAGGAGUCAAGAGUUAUUCUUAAGUAUUGUUAGAUUGGAAAUAACAAGCUUCAUCCAAUAAUAAAUAAGAGGGUUGUUACACCAUCAACAAAGGCUGAUGAUACAAAAAUUUAAGAGAAUACAUAAGUUAAAUCAAGAAAAAUAUCCAGAUUUUUUACUGAAAGGGAUCCUUUAUAGAUUGAAGCUUAAAUAGAGAGGGAAGUAUGUGUAUUUUUAGAGAAAAAUAAAGAACUUAAUUAUUUAUAAAAGGAAAGGUUUUUAAGACUCACAGAUGAUAAUAAAAAAUUUCAAUAUUUAGAAAAUUAAAUUAAAAAACAAUUAAAAUAAUAAGAAUAUCAAUAACAGUAAACAGCAGUAAAAGUAAUUCAUUAAUUUAUAGUAGUAAUAUUAUAGAGUUUAAAAUUUAUUCCAUAAAAACUACUUCAAAGGAGCUUCAAUAAAAAUAAUAAAAACAUAAAAAACAUAACCUAUGACAAUAGCCAAAGAUCAUUGUAAAACAGAAAGACAACAAAUUUAAGAUCAAGAAUCAUUCGCCUCAUAUACUGAAUUUAAGCUAAACUAAUUAUAUACUGAUUCAAUUGAUGCUCAGAGAUCUUUAAAAUCCAAACAUCAAUCUUGUCCAAAUAGUCUGCUUUAGUCAUAUUUAAUUAGUACUAAUGUAGAUAUAAUUGAUGUUUCAAACUAAAAAUUGUUUUAGAUAAAGAAAUAAAAAAAGUGA